AUGGAAAACGACUGGUACAUAAAGCGUACAUAUACCAACACAACAGCAGCGGCGAGCGACAACAAGGGCGUGAUGAUGAUGGCGGGAUCGGGAAAGGCAACGGAAAAAUCGGCGUCGGCAUCAGCUUUGGCAUUGGCAUCAGCAUCAUCGCGCGGCAGCGACAGCAAACGGAGCGCGAGGGUUACGUCCGUCGACCCUGAAAUUGAUUUUGAAACCACCGAAAAUAAAUAUUUGGAAGCAAAAAGUGCCUUUUUGAAAGCUAUCCAAAACAAUACGCCAUCGCUUCCUCCAACGGUUUCAAGUAGUAGCGCUAAUAAUAAUGUCGACUCUUUGGUUGGACAAAAUUGCUCAUUUGCCCUUUCUGCGGCCAAGAUUUGUUCGGAAAUUGAACUACCGAAAUUUAAGAUACCGCCAUUUAGUGGCGAUUAUCGACAAUGGCCAGAAUUUCGUGAUAUGUUUUUAGGGAGUAUUGAUUGCAAAAAACUCACUGGUGCUCAGAAGAUGCGAUAUUUGAAAUCCUUUUUAGAAAAUGACGCCGCGAAACUUCUUAACGGUAUUGAGAUUUCGGACGCGAAUUAUGAACAAGCGUGGGAAAAACUGGAACACCGUUAUGAUAAACCGUUAUACAUUGUUAACAGUUAUAUCGAAAGUUUUUUAAAAAUUUCCAACGUAGCAAUCGCGGAUAGUGGACACUUGCGUCGGUUAGUGGACAAGUCGGACGAGGUGAUUCGUGGUUUAAAAGCUGUUAAGGCUGAAGGGAGAGAUCCGUGGCUUAUAUACAUUUUGCUCGAAAAACUAGACUUUGAUACGCGAAAGGCUUGGUCUCUUCACACAAACCAUUCGGAAUCGGAAACUAUAGAUACAUUUCUUGAGUUUUUGGGGAAACGAAGCGAUGCUUUGGAAGCAUGUGCUAAGCCAAAUGAAUCGAAAUCGUCGGGAAAUAGACAGAAAACGCGCAUUUCGAAUAAUAUAAAGAGUCUUGCGGUUGCCAAGCAGUUAUGUCCCAUGUGUAAGGAAAAUCACGUCCUUUCACAGUGUUCUAAAUUUAUUGAGUUGCCCAUUUCGUCACGGCGUUCCUUUGCUCGAGACCAAAAGUUGUGUUACCGAUGUUUAGGAAAUAAUCAUUCGGCUUCGCGUUGUCGUUCGAAGAAUCAUUGUCCUCAUUGUAGCGUUCGUCACCAUGUUCUCGUGCACAUGGAUUCGUCAUCAUCGGUUGUUGAACCCGACAAAUUGAAUUUGAACGUCGGGCAAGCUUCAACAUCUAAUGCUGUUUCGAUUGCUAGUCAUCAUUCUCAUAAUGAAGUUCGGCCAUCUGGGAUUUUGCCCACUGUUGUUGCGCAGGUCAUGAAUGCAUCGGGACAAUUUUACAAAUGUCGCAUGCUGCUAGACACUGGAUCUCAAGCAUCUUUUAUUACGGAAAAUUUAAAGCUUGUGUUACUCAGGGUGUCGUUUCGCUCAAUGCAUCUUAGAUCUUGCGUUGAUUUAAAUGAUGUGGAAGUUGACGCUUUCAUUUUGAAUCGCAUAACUACGAAUACCCCUUUGAAAUCGUUUCGGAUUGAUCAAUCAUCGCUCUUGGGUGAUUUAAAGUUGGCUGAUCCAGGCUUUAACAAACCAGGUCCCAUUGAUAUUUUGCUGGGAUCUGAUAAGGCUUGGAGUAUUUUGCGUGAGGGUAGAAGAACGGACGAAGCUGGUAAUUUGGUUGCUCAUAAUACCGUUUUUGGAUGGGUGAUAACUGGUUGUACUCCCAACGAAGGUUUUGUUUCGCUACGAGUUGGAAUUGAUGAGGAUGUUGAUGUACUUUUAAGGUCCUUUUGGGAAGUUGAAGAGAUUGAUCCUAAAUUACAUUCAUCGGACUCAGGUGAUUUCGUAGACACCCAUUUUGUUAAUACAUUUUCGCGUGCGCCCGACAACAAAUACAUUGUUGAACUUCCUUUUCGCCAAAAGGACAUCGUUUUUAGUAACACACUCUCCGGAGCUUUGUCCAGAUUGUUCUCAAUGGAACGCCGUUUUGCUCGUCAGCCAAAUCUACGAUUUGAAUAUUGUUGUUUUAUGAGGGCAUAUCUGCAAUUAGGUCAUAUGGAGAAAAUUCCGGAAGCUGAGAUUGAACCAUCUUCGGGGAAGGUUUAUUAUUUGCCGCAUCAUGCAGUAGUUACAAACAAGCUACGCGUUGUCUUUGAUGGGUCUCAUCGAGAUGGAAAGGGUGUUAGUCUAAAUGAGGUCCUCCAUGUAGGACCUCCUCUCCAGCGGAACCUCAUCAACGUUUGCUUGCGGUUUAGGGUGCACAAAUAUGUUUUUGGAGCUGAUAUCGUAAAGAUGUUCAGGCAAAUUUGGAUUGACCCAAAUCAUUUUCAGCGUAUUGUGUGGCGAGAGAAUUCUACGGAACCAGUUAGUCAUUACCGAUUGCGUACCGUCACUUACGGUACUUCACUUGCUACUUUUUUGGCAAUGAGAGCUUUGAAACAGCUUGCCUUGGAAUACAAGAAACAGUUUCCUAUUGCUUCUCUCUCUAUUUUGCAUGAUUGUUAUGUUGAUGACAUCAUGACUGGGGCAGAAUCUGUUACUAAAAUUUUGGAGCUUAAAAAUGAGCUCGUUAAUCUGUUGGCUUGUGGCGGCUUAGAGUUAAGCAAAUGGAGUUCUAAUUGUUGGCCAGUCUUAGAAGGAACUAGUUCGGAACCCACAAUUUCUCUUGACCGUGACUCCUCUAAUAAUUGGACAAAAGUACUUGGAUUAAUUUGGAAUCCUCAUCGGGACAUUUUCUCUUACAAAAUCUCUAUGAAUGAUUCGUCGUCAACGCCCACGAAGAGGAAACUGUUGUCAGAGAUUUCCAAAAUCUUUGAUCCACUUGGCUUUCUGGCUCCUUCUACAAUUUUGUUAAAAAUGCUAUUAUGGUUAUGGGCGCAUUCAAUGAAAAUCGGAUGGGAUGAUCCCCUUCCUACUGAGGUAGCCGAAAAAUGGAUUUUGUACCGAGACGAAUUGUUUUUGUUUGAAAAAAUUGAGAUUUUGCGAAGAUGUACUUUCAGUGCUGAAGGCUUAGAACUGAUAGGUUUUUCUGAUGCGUCCGAGAAAGCAUACUCAGCGGUGGUGUACGCUAGAAGUUUUUCUGAAGACGGCCAAAUCGAAGUUCAACUUAUUUCUGCGAAAACUCGCGUCGCUCCAAUUAAACAACUUAGCAUUCCCCGUCUUGAGCUAUGUGGAGCUCUGCUUCUUAGUCGUUUGGUGCAACUUAUUCGGAAUUCUUUGAAUUGUAAAAUUAGUCAAACCUUUGCCUUUUGUGAUUCGCAAAUCGUGCUAGCCUGGUUUUCCGCUCCACCUCGUCGUUGGAAUACCUUUGUCGCUAAUCGGACCUCAGAAAUACUUGGUAUUCUACCCCGCUCUAAUUGGAACUAUAUUCGCUCUGAGGAAAAUUCAGCGGAUUGCGCAUCGCGAGGGGUAAUGCCAAGUAAAUUACUCAAUUUGGAAAUUUGGUGGAAAGGGCCGAAAUGGCUUUCAAAAAACUUUGAGUGUUGGGAUAUUGCUGCAGAGAGCGAAGAACUUAAAGAGGUACCGGAAAGUAGGAGGCAAAUUGUAGUUGCCAAUGUUUCGUGUGCCGAUGAAGACUUCCUGGAUAGGCUUUGUAAACGCAUUUCUUCGUGGGAUUGUGUAAUUCGUAUUGUAGCAGUAUUUGUUCGCCGAGCUAAAAACGGAAAACUUCCGGUUGAAGAACGAGUUCGAGGAUACCUUCGCUCCUCCGAAUUGCUUUAUGCUAAGCAAAAAUGUUUAAAGUGGGCUCAGAAAGAGUUUGAACCAGAUAAAGCGUCCCUAAAAGCAGAGAAAUCUGUCUUGUAUUCUUCCAAACUUUCUUCGUUGGCUCCUUUUGUUGACCAUGAUGGCCUACUUCGUGUUGGAGGUAGAAUUUCGAAGGCUGUCAAUACUACUUUUAGCAUGAAACAUCCUGUGAUAUUGCCGAAAAAUCAUCAAAUAUCAAAACUUAUUCUAACUAGCUUUCAUUUAAGAUUUCUGCAUGCCGGUGUAUCGGAGCUUUUCUCCAUAGUUCGCCAGGAGUUUUGGAUUUUAGGAAGUAGAAAUCUCAUAAGGAAGGUGGUUCAUAAUUGCAUUGGUUGUUUCCGUCAACGCCAAGCCACAUCACAACAGCUGAUGGGAGAUCUACCUUCUUCUCGGCUUUCACCAUCCUUCGCCUUUGACCAAACUGGAUGUGACUAUGCAGGGCCCAUCACUCUUCGCUUAGCCAGAGGAAGGAAUCCCAAAUUUGUAAAGGGUUACUUCGCGAUCUUUGUAUGCAUGACAACAAAGGCAUUGCAUUUGGAAGUGGUUAGCGAUUUGUCCACGGAUGCGUUCUUAGCGGCCUUGAGGAGAUUCAUCGCUAGAAGGGGGAAGUGUAGUAUUAUCUACUCGGACAACGGUACUAACUUCCGUGGAGCUGCAAGCAACCUAUCGGAUUUGUACGAUUUGGUUCGGUCCGAAAACCAUAAUGCACAAAUAUCAAGGACGUUAGCAGCUGACAGCAUAAGGUGGGAGUUUAUUCCACCACACAGCCCGCAUUUUGGAGGGCUUUGGGAAGCGGGCGUUAAAAGUGUUAAAACUCAUCUUCGUCGUGUUAUAGGGAACAAUAUUUUGACCUUUGAGGAAAUGACAACUUUGCUCUCUCAAAUUGAAGCCUUGUUAAAUUCUAGGCCACUUUGUUCUAUUUCCGAUUUUGAUUUGAACCCUCUAACUCCGUCUCAUUUUCUUAUAGGCCGACCGUACACAGCAAUUCCGGAGCCAAACUACCUUGAAGUUCCAGAAAAUCGACUUGGAAGAUGGCAGCUAGCACAAAACAUGCUGCAAGGAUUUUGGCGGCGUUGGCACAGCGAAUAUCUCACAUCAUUGGAACAACGUCCAAAAUGGCACAAGAAGACCAAAAACUUCGAAGUCGGUGACUUGGUUGUCGUCAAGGAACAAAAUUUGCCUCCAUCAAAAUGGGCUUUAGGACGAAUCGAAAUUCUUCACCCAGGGGAUGACGGCCUUGUAAGAGUGGUAUCUCUUCGAACCAAAAAUGGCAUCUUCCAACGCCCAAUAACAAAGCUGGCAAUCUUACCAUGUUCCUGA